AUGGCAUUGGCAGAUGGAUUUGCAGAUCUCGAUAUUAGUAAGAGUUUUUCUCGCGAAGAAACGGACUCAAACAGUGCUGUUUUGGAACGGCACGGGCAUAAGAUCAAAACGGAUGAAUUGUCGAUAUCUAGAGGCAAAACGAAUAAGGACAAAGCUGAUAGGGCCACGGUAGAAAAUGUUCUUGAUCCGCGUACCAUGCGUUUCUUGCAAAGCCUUCGAAACCGAGGUAUUGUCGCAGAACUGAACGGCUGUGUAAGCACUGGAAAGGAAGCUAAUGUGUAUCAUGGCUUCAGCGAAGAAGGUCGCCAAGUGGCUGUUAAAAUUUAUAAGACUUCCAUUCUGGUUUUCAGGGAUCGUGAAAGAUACGUGGAUGGAGAAUUCAGGUUCAGGAAUUCGCGAUCCCAGCACAAUCCACGGAAAAUGAUCAAAAUUUGGGCAGAGAAGGAAUUUCGCAACUUAAGGCGUAUCCAUCAAGCAGGUGUCAUACCGGCCCCGCAGCCUAUAGAGGUAAAAAAUAAUGUUCUUGUAAUGGACUUCAUGGAUCGCGGUGACGGUUUUGCAUCACCGCGUCUUAAGGACUACGCAUUCGUGGACAGAGAGGAAAUCGAGUAUUUCUACGGCACUAUGGUGGCAUACAUACGCUUACUAUACCAAGUUACGCGAUUGGUGCAUGCAGAUCUCUCGGAAUACAACACAGUGGUGCAUAACGGCAAGCUUUUCAUGAUUGACGUCUCUCAGAGUGUCGAGCCCGAACAUCCGAUGAGCUUGGACUUUCUUCGAAUGGAUAUAAAAAAUGUCAACAACUACUUCUCUAAACUGAGAGUUGAAGUCAUUUCAGAAAGGUUGAUAUUCCAAUUCGUCAUUUCUGAGACCUUGGAGAAUUUUAAUGGUGACUCUACUAGCAGCGAUGACUUAAGACAAUACGUUCUAAGUCAGUUUCCGCGCAAAAAAGCGGCAGAGGAUGAAGCCGAAGAUGAAGUAUUCAGAUCUCUCCAUCUCGUAAGGGACCUUGGUGGUCUAGAAGAACGUGAUUUCGAUAGACUGACCGACGGGAAAUUAGAUCUAUUAAAAAGCCUGAUUGCUCACGAUCACCAAAGAAAUACAAAAGACAUAACGACCUCUGAGCAACUUGCUCUUUCGGAUGCUGGCAGCGAGAGCAAUUCAGAGCAAGACUCUGGAGGCGACGAUGACAGCGGCGAUGACGACUCUGGAAGCGAAGAUGACGACGAUGACGACGAUGACGACGAUGACGACGACUUCUCGACGGAUGACGAACGACAGAAAACUCUGAAGGGAAAGAAGCAUGAGGAUAAGGAUUCUAAGAAGCAAAGAAAGCAGGAGAUGAAAGAAGCCAAGCGUGAGAAAAGGAAGACCAAAGUGAAGAAGCAUGUAAAGAAGAAGCUGGUCAAGAAAAGUAAAGCCAAGAAGUAG